CAGAUAUCAUUAAUAUGAUAUCUGAGACUGUUAACAAAAAUUUUCACGAUUUCUUCCACGAAUUAAUGCCAGUUAUCGAAAACAAUUUGGGGGAGCUUAGAGAUACUUUGUCGAAUGUGCUUUUGGUAUAACAACGACUGUUAAAAACGGAAAUUAUAAUUCAUCGUAAUUAAAUCGAUUUAGCUCUGAAAUGUAAUUCAUCAGACAACGAAAUCAUCCGGAAGUAUUAGAGCUUGUCUGCUAAGUAUAGUAGUAUAUUACAGUACAAGUGAGGAAACUAAGAUUUUUCACUCACGCGUCUGUCGGAUUUCCACACGAGCCGAAGGCGAGAUCAAUCAGAAGGCGAACAUUCGAAAGUAACGGCAUUGGAGGAACGAGAAGAUUCUAAGAGCUUCAAAAAUAUUAUUCUAUGCCUCUGUGUAAUAAAGACACAGAUAUAUUACAACGGCGGAAAAUUCAUGCUUCUGAAUUUUCUAUUUUAAGUUUAAUGGCACGAGAUCUCUGAAGCAUACCGGCUACUUCAGUCCCGGGGGAAAGAUUAUUCUCACGUGCUGCAUUAACUAUAAGAAAACAUCGAAAUCGCCUUAAUAAUAAAUCUGCACGAUGUUUGUUAUGCCUAAACGAUUGGGUGAAAAAGAAAAUCAUUUGCGACCGACAAGGCUGAGGGCUGUAAUUCUCUCUUCCAACUCUUACAUUAUAGCAAGUAUUUAAGUAUUCCUUAUUGCACUGAAACAAUAAGAUUAUGCAUGACGAGAUUUCGUUACUUUUAUGAGGCUCAAGAGUGGAGGUUGCGAGACGAGACUUAAUACAAGACUUAUUAGUUCAUCGGCGAGACGAGACUUAAUACAAGACUUAUUAGUUCAUCGGCGAAACGAGACAAGACUUUAUGAAAAUCUCGUCUAGUUGGUCUCGUGCGAACCACUACCCUAAAAUAAUACAAUUAAGGCCGUUUUACUUGACACACUUGGGUGGAUUGUAUUCAGUGGCAAUUUUAAUGUAGCCGAAGAUUUAUUAAUAAACUGGAAUCCUUGUAAAGCCAACCCGAAGAUUAAUUACCAUAAAUAAUUGCGCUAUAAAUCAAUAUAUUUCACGGAAAUUCGAAUAUUUUUUACAACUUUGAGGGCAAUAUUAUUUUUCAUCCCUAAAUUACCUCCUAUCAAAUCCCCUUAUCAGUCAUGAAGAUACUGUAGCAUAUAUCACAUAAUUUCAGAUUUAGUUAUUACAAAUAAAGGUUGUGGUACUCAAAGGUUUAGUGAUACUCGUUAACCUUGAAAUUUUGGUAUAAAAAGUUUCGCAUUCGGAUUUUAUUCUUCAUAUUCAUAAUAAUUUUCAGUAAUGAAGAAGUUCUUGGUGUUCUUUUUAAUCGGAGCUGUUUCAGCUAGACUUAUCGACGAUAAAUGUGAAGAAUAUAGUGAGCGGUAUAAACAGGUCAAGAAUGGGGGACCAUUCAGUGAAUUUUCUCACAUUGGUAUAUUAGGUUUCAACGUCGGUGGUAAUUACAUGGAUUAUAAUUGUCCGGUAGUUUUAAUAAGUGAAUCUUACGCGCUGGCUGGAGCUUUCUGUUUUAAUAAUCGAAAAGGCGGUGGACAGAUAUUAUUCGGAACAUCAAGUACGUCCGAGUUAGAUGAUGAUAAUAAAUUGGUACAUAUAGUCAAAACUUAUUAUCAUCCCUUAUACGACGAAUCAGAUCUUUCUAAACGAUAUGCUCUAGUUCUUAUCGAAUUUUCACCAGCAAUAGCAGUAGAUGAUAACGUAAAACCCGCUUGUAUAUAUAGUAAAACGGCUAGAGAUGAACAACCUUUAAUUGAUACGGUUUGGAGACCAACAAAGUAUGAGCAAAUAAAACACACUGCAUGUACAAAAACUGUCAAACAUUACUACAACGAACUCUUAAAAUUGAAUUCUGAAGUUGUACCUGUGAAAGUGUGCAAAAAUAAGUUUAGCCCUAAACAUAUAAGGAUUGACGACUCUAAUUUGUGUAUUAAACGGGAUUAUCAGGGCUUGUUUACAUCCCACCCUGAUUUCGCUGGAGUCUCUCAGCUUUAUGAAAACAACAAGAUUAAAGUCGUUGCUAUUGACGAUUUCGGGCCGUUAGAAAUAGAUGGUAGUGUUCCUGAUGUAUCCACAAGACUUUCUGAUUAUCUCGAUUGGAUUGAAAGUACCGUUUGGCCCAACUAAAAUGAGGAACGAUUCUUUUAUUACUAUCAAAAUAAACAUUUUAACAUUA